UGGUUGUAAUCUUGUAUUUAAAAUGUUCUGUAUGUUUUAAAUAGGGCUUUUGUGUCCCUGUCAGCGAAUUGCACUCGUUGUUAGCAUCCCAGGAGAUGUCUGUCAUUUAAAUGGCAGUAGUAAUGAGGUGCCUAUGGCAUUUGGCUUGUUGUGGAUAUUUUGUCUUCAUCUUUUCAAUUUCUAUUUCAUCUUCUCAGAUACGAAAAUAAUUUACUACUUAUUUUUCUCUGCUGGGUUCCAUCCCCUAAAAUGUCUUUACUUUUAUCUGAUCCCACCAGAGAACUUCCUCCUUCAUUUUACUGGGGUUUAUGGGACUGUAUGGGCAGCAGCAGAGUAAUUGUCACUGUGCUUUCUGUUCACGUGUCACUAAUAGCUGAGAAUCAUAACUGCAGAAGAAUCUCCUGAAUGUCGUUCUCUGUUUAAUAAAAGCUGGGUAGAUUUGGAUAAUUUCAGCAAAUCUAGCGGGAUUCUUCUCAGAAUUGACUGGAAUUACAGAUCUGUGUGCACAGAUGAUACUGUUUCACUUAGGUAUUUGUUUUAAGUGCCCUUGUUUUGCAGAAGAACUGUAUGUUAGAGUGCAUGUUCUACAGAGAUCAAAGAAGGUUCUAAACAAUAGAGCAGAAUUAUUUUUGAAGCUGUAAAUGCGCCUUUCUUGUGCACAUAGCAUAAACAUUGCAUGUUUCCUUGAUUUGCUUCAUUGUGAUCAUUGCUGGUGUAGGCUGAAGUUCGGCCCGCUUACCAGCCAGUCAUGCUGCUUCUCUAUGUUUGGGCAGUGGUGGUGUUUUGCUAAAAGACCCUGCUGAAUUUUCAGACCUGAAAUAAAGGUGGGUUGUUUUUGUUUUUUCCGCCUUUCUUUUUGGUUCCCAGAUUGUUACAGACAUGUGUUGCUGUGGACAACUUUUUCAGGAGAAUCACUCACUGAAUUUGACGUUAUUUCCUCUAAUUUAUUUUUUUCCAGCCUUCCUUGCCAUGCGAGUUGUAUCAUUCAGCCCUUUAUGUAACCUGCACCUGCCCCAUCCAUGCAUUCAGCUGUCAGAAUUAGACAUGCUACGCAAGCAAGGGUGUCAAAUACACUGCUGUGGAGUACCCAGCUUUCUCAUACACAUAGCUUGCAAUGGAUGACUGUUUCGAUCACAGAUAGAGAUGCCCUCACAUCUGUAAUGCCGUUUUGUGGAGAAUAAGCAUGAGCUACAUGUCAAAUGGAUUCAAUGCAGACAGGAUUAAGUAAAAAGCAAAUUCAUACUUGCACUACUACAUGAUAGUAGAAUGACUGAAAGCAGCCAAGAAAGGCUUUUUGUAAUGAUUUUGAGAACUGCUUGUUGUAACUUGAAGUUAAGUAUCUGUGAUUCAGUCCUUCAGCUUGCUCCAAUUACAAAAGAAGGGAAAAAAAAAAAAAAAAAAGAAGAAAAGGAAACUCUCCUUGAGUAGUUUCUCCUCAGUCCUCCUGGAAAAAAUCAUGGAACUGCUUCACCUGUUCCCAUGAUGCUUAUGUCUAAAAACUGUUUUCAGAGGCCGAAUCACAAGACACUGCAGCAGAAGAGGGCCUAACAGAUGCCAUACAGGAAUUUUUUCUUACGGAUAAAGAUAGGGCACAGACUUCCUGGUAGGUAGCCCUGGGAAUGUAGUCAAGUGGAUUUUGGCUUCACUUGGUUAUAAUCCGCUUUGUGCCUUUGUUGAUGCUGCCUCAGCCAUGCACUACUGCCACCUUGUCUCCUUGUCAUCCAGGCACUUGUUGUCAUAAGACGAGCUCAGCAGGAAAGUAAAGAGAGGCCACAGUAUCAUCUGGAAUGCCUUGGCAAGAUUUGGCCUGUCAUUUCAAGUAUGUUUUUUCUUUUUCUGUGGAUAGGAAAUGAGCUCACAACUCCAUGCUGCUUCAUAUGUAGGGAUCAUUAUUUUUAGAGCAGCAGCAGAUCUGAGCCUCUGCAUGUAAUCCUCUUUCUAUUCCUUCAGAUGGAGUGGCAUGAGACAUCAAGGUCUGCAGGAAUAUCUUGGAGCUCAGAGUUGUUGCUGUUGAGUGUAACUUGAGUCUGGAAGUGGGGCACCUCAGAGCUCUGAGUGACAAUUAGAAGCUCAGAGUCUGAUAGCAUUUGGUGUGGCAAGAGCAAGGGUCGCAAGAGGCUUCUCUUAGCUGUGGCUGGUGUGCCACUGGGCUUGGACUGUACUGUUUGUGUUAGAAACAGCAGUAAUUGCUUGUUUUCUGCAGCCAGCAUCUAUGUACAGAGGAGAUCAUGGUACAUAUAAAGGUUAUCAGGGUCCAUUCUGAGAAAUUGCAGCUGAACUGAGUCUCUUUAGUGCUGCCAGUGAGGAGGUUUGUGUAGGGUGUCAUCCUUCAGCUAUAGAUAGCAAACUCAAGCUCCUUACAGAGAAACCUCUUACCAGUCACUUUCCACAAAUGGUGCGUGUACCUAAAGGUACUUAGUGAAAAUCCUUGAGAGGUAUUUAAUGCAAAAGCAGUUAGUCUCUCUGGUGCAUUUGAGAAACGCACACACAUCGCUAGCAGGAAGGAGUGCAGGGCAGCUGCAGCUCAGCUCUUGGGCCAGUUACUGAUUUUGUCUAGCCAGGCUCUGCCACCCCAAGAGCUUGCCAAGAUGUGUGACAUGGGGGGGCUCGACAACCUGAUUGCCAACACGGCCUACCUGCAGGCCAGGAAGAGUGGAGAGGGAGACACCAAGGAGAUGCAGAAGAGACGCAAGAGCCUCUCACUGCCCAAGAUUGAUCAAUGUGGAGAGGUUAGGCAGUCCAUUACUGCUGACUACGAGAGCAUCUGUGAACAGCAGCCCAUUGGCAAGAGAUUCUUCAGAGACUUCUUAGAGACAGUUCCAGAAUAUUUGGUGGCUAGGGAUUUCUUGGAUGAGGUGUCAAACUGGGAGUUGGCAGAGGACAACAUCAAGAGCAGUACCAUGGAGAACAUUAUCACCAACUUUCUUAAGACAGGCUCCAAAAAUUAUUUGUCUUUCAUGAGCUCUGACUUAGUCAGCAAAUGCCAGGCAGCCGCUCAGAAAGACUAUGAGAAUGUUGUACAGCUGGCUAGAGAGGAAACCAAACUCUUCCUUCAAGGCAAGCCCUUCCAGGACUUCCAGACUAGCCCCUUCUACGACAAAUUCCUCCAAUGGAAAGUUUUUGAGAAGCAGCCAGUAACUGAUAAAUACUUCUAUGAGUUCCGAGUGCUGGGCAAAGGUGGCUUUGGAGAGGUUUGUGCCAUUCAGGUGAAAAAUACUGGCAAGAUGUAUGCCUGCAAAAAACUAGAUAAGAAAAGGUUGAAAAAGAAAAGUGGAGAGAAGAUGGCACUACUGGAGAAAGAAAUCCUGGAGAAGGUCAACAGCCCUUUCAUAGUCACGUUAGCUUAUGCCUAUGAGAGCAAAACUCAUCUGUGUCUUGUCAUGAGCCUCAUGAAUGGAGGUGAUCUGAAAUAUCACAUCUACAAUGUAGGACAAAGGGGUUUAGAAUUGAACAGGGUCAUUUAUUACUCAGCUCAGAUCACCUGUGGGAUUCUGCAUCUUCAUUCCAUGAAGAUCAUUUACCGGGACAUGAAACCGGAAAACGUCCUCCUGGAUGAUAACGGAAACUGCAGACUGUCUGAUCUUGGAUUGGCAGUGCAAGUCAAAGAGGGAAAAUCCAUCACUCAGAGGGCUGGGACAAAUGGUUAUAUGGCUCCAGAAAUCCUGAAGGAAGAAAGUUACAGCUAUCCUGUGGACUGGUUUGCUAUGGGAUGUAGCAUCUAUGAGAUGAUUGCUGGGCGAACACCAUUCAAGAAUUUCAAAGAAAAGGUUGAUAAGGAUGAGGUUAAACGAAGAACUCUGGAAGAUGAGGUGAAAUUUGAACAUGCCAACUUUACAGAGGAAACAAAAGAUAUUUGCCGACUGUUUUUGGCUAAGAAACCAGAGAAUCGUUUAGGAAGCAGAAAUGAAGAUGACGACCCAAGAAAGCACAGCUUCUUCAAAACAAUAAAUUUUCACAGGCUAGAGGCAAACCUCAUUGACCCUCCAUUUGUGCCAGAUCCAUCAGUUGUCUAUGCCAAAGAUGUUGCAGACAUUGCUGAUUUCUCUGAAAUACGAGGGAUUGAGUUUGAUGACAAAGACAAGAAGUUCUUCAAAAAAUUUGCGACGGGUGCUGUCCCUAUACCUUGGCAGGAAGAAAUCAUUGAAACUGGACUGUUUGAAGAACUGAAUGAUCCUAACAGGGUAGAUUCUGGUGGAUAUGCAAAUGGAGGUGAAGCUAAGUCAGGAGUUUGUUUGUUGUUGUAAAUAUCAGAUUGUUACUGAAAAGAUUAGUAACAACCUCAGAAACUUUCCGUAUUCUGACACUGCUUCAGAAAUGCAGCACAUCUGAUUAAGAAGAACUAAUCGGUGUAAUAUGGCAUUGACAGGAAAUGUAGAUGACAAACUGUACCAACCAUAUUAUUUUCCUUUGUCCUAGCAAAGGAGAUAAUUAUUUUGUUUUACUGGAGACUUAAUCAAGAAGAAGGGCCAUAUUUCUCUAAGGAUCUUAGAAUGAUAGAAAUCCUGAAAUACAAAAAGCAAUCAUAGAGUGAAGAGGCAUCUCCUUUGGAUGACUCUCCACUGACUCUACCAUUUUGACUACAAUAAUUUAUUGUCUUUCUGUCUAUUUUCUUUUUAUUUCUACUAAUCUUUCCUCUUUGUUCUACAGUUUUCAGGACUUUUUAAUUUUCAGGUAAUGAUAGAUAAUGGAGCUCAAAUACUAUGUCAAAUCUGGAUGCUUAUUGGUUUACCAGUCAGUCUUGUUUUCCUAAUUUCUGUUAGAUUUUUGGUUGGUUUGAUUGUCAUUCAAUGUAAAAGAAGGCUUUAAGGGUGGCUACAGAAUGGGACCUGCAGGAUCAAAUUCUUUUAAAGCUGAUUUUAACAGAAUGAAGAGAAGAAUGCACCAAUUUAAUUGUAUAAAGCAUUUAUUAAGCAUAUUAUGUAUUUAUAGCUGAAUAUCCAUUCUUUUUGACAAUCAAUUUCAAUCUUUUAUCAGGUCUCCUGGUAAUAUUUCUGUAUUUUGCUGAUAAAUUAAACUACAACUAGACUAAAGCAAUUUGUAACUGGCUCUUUACAAGAAAUAUAUUUUCAUAUAAAACAGAUAUUAAUUCAGUCACAAAUAUAGAAUAUAUAUAUGCAAGUUGAUACCUUCAUCUUCAGCCAUUCAUUGAUUCUUAUGCAAAUUUUGAGGCAUUUUUUAUUUUUAAUUUUAUGUCACUCUACAUAGAAUUGAUAGAAAGCAUUGAAAUGAAUACUUGCUAAUGUUGAAGUCUAUUACUUGUGAGUCACAUCUGAUUGUUUUCUUCAGUAAGAAGUUAAUAGGUGGUAGUUUUUUUUCUAACAACUUCUAAAUUUGAUUAUGUAUGUUGUUUACUGUCAUCUGUCUAGCUAUAGUUUCCAUUGACUAAGGUGGAAAUAGAAACUAUUUGAGUCACAGAGGUUGCUGAUACUUCUUUCUAUUUUUCAUAGAGCAAACGUCCUCCUCAGUUCAGCUGUUUAUUUUGUGUAGACUCUGAGCCUGUUCAGAAAGAGCAGUAAUAAUAGAUAAGCUGUCUUCUAUAAUUAUUUGUGUUGUGCAAACAUAGCUUUAUUGAUUAUUAAUAAUCUAAUACCUCAUUCCAAAUGGUGCAAUAAUAAAAAAAAAUCUUUAGUAUUAAAUAUUUUAAGUGCUUUAGUCACAGCUAAGUAAUGUGUUGGAAAUACGUUGUGUUGUUCUUCAUUUUCUGUAGAGAGGAUUAAGCUGAAAAAUAAUUGUUCUUUUCUUUCCUUUUAAAUUUGCUUUUCCACCGUUUUGUGUUUUUCAAAUGAAAGAAAGAAAAAAAUCAUGACAAAGGGUGUUAUUUAGCACUAGUGGAUAAUUCUGUUCAGAGAUUGUUGUGAAUCUGUAAUUGUCUGCCUUUGGAAAGGAGACUUUCUGCCAAAUGGUGUAAAAGGAUAUAAACUGAAUUCUGACGUGGGGUUUUAAUUGGGAAGGAUGAUCCUGAAAGGUUGUGAUAAUCGGAGGUUGAGAGGAAAGAUAGCUGUGUGGAUCUGUCAGGGUGAUAUUAAGCUAAAAUAUUUCUUAGUUCAAGAAACUCAGGCAGAAAUGUUCAUUACGUAUACAUUUCAACAACAGCAGUGCUAUUACAGCUGGGAGAGGCCUAAUGGUGCCAGUGGCAUAAAGCAUCAAGCUUUUGUCCUGAACUGCAUUACAUCUCACAGCCGUACAGAUGCCACUUCGCAGCUUCUCUAAGGCCAUAAACCAGCACUCUGAUUUGGCCAUAGUUUUUUCUAGCACAUAAGUGACUUUUUUCAAUAUACAGAUGUUCCCAUACGGAGGGAAGUUACGUAUAGAACCAGAAUUUAAUGUGAUGUUAGUCAUAUAUCCCCUGUGAUGCCAGAUGUUGCAAGACUGUGGUUUUCAAAAUAUAUUGCAACACUGAGGUUUGUGAAUUCAGGAUAUCAUCUGUGCAUAACAUUUUGUUACCUAAUUUUUGAACAAUUGCAGUGUCAAUAAAUCCCAGCAACAUCUUUAUCAGUGAGAUGCUAUAAUGUUAAGUGUUCCAUGAAUCACUGGAAGAAGCACAUAAGUAGUUUGAUAAUGCACCAUUUGGCAUUGUAUUGCAGAACAGAAAAUGAGUUAUUUUGUCAUUAUUGGUUUCCAUUUUCUGCAGUUCUCUGUUUCAGUACAUGGACAAUUUGUAUUUGCACUGUGAAGAAGUAGAACAGAACAAAUGUUAUAAAUGUAUUUCUAUUAGCAUUUUCAAUGUAUCUUUUAAAAAUGAAUUUCAGUUUCUUUUAAGGACCCAUUGAAAUGCAUGAUUCUUUGCUUCUUUCUGUUACUGUAAAUUUCUUUGUUACACUUUCAGGAACACAGUUACUUUUAACAUCUUGUUUCACCUUAACAAACCAAAGGCAGCAGUCCUGAAAGGUUUACACCUACGACCAACUGUCUUAGUGAAGCCAGUGAAACUACUUGUGUGAGUAAAUUUAAAUGUUUGUGCAGUUGUGCGAGAUCAGGACCUAAGUCAGAAGAACCGACCAAGUCAUUUUAUAAUAGAAGGGUAGAUAGUUUACAAUAGAAAAUGGGGAAUGAAGUUGUGGGAGGAGAAUAAUCUUGAGGUUGCGAGAUACUUCUGGCAAAAGUAAAUUAUGUAAUUUGAAAUUGCUUUUUUCUUCAGGCUGUCUUUCUCCUCCUUUGCCAGCUUUAUGGCACCAUACUUGUCUGCCUCUUUUCCAGGCAUAUAAAAUGCAUUUCAAGUGUUAAUCUAAUCUGAAAAACUAAAUUGUGAACUCUAUUGGAUUAAAUGCCAUCCCUCAGAGGCUACUGAGUACCCUGGUCACUCUGUAGUGACUUUUGUUACGGUGCUUUAUAAGACAAAUGGUGCUGUCUUUCCUGCCCUGUUUUACAUACUACUGCUAUUAGAAGUACUUGAUAAUUUUAGUUGAAGUAGGCUGAAAUGGGAGGUUCAUAAUAGCUUGAAGUCUACUCUUAUGAGAACAUCAUGUACAUUACCCUGGUCAAUGCUGAAGAAAGGCCACUAGCAAAUAGAGAAUGUAAAAGGAAACACUUUCCACUGUAUCUCAAGUCUAAACUUUCUUUGCUGCCCUCCCAGGUAUCAGUACUGCCACCAGUCUCACUGAGCCCAAAGAGACAAAAUAAGUUUUAGUAUUAACCUGAUUAAGUCAUUGUUCACUGAAGGGCAAUGAAACUGGUGAAGGGUCUAGAGCACAAGUCUUACAGGAGGUGGCUGAAGGAACUGGUUUUGUUCAGUCUGGAGAAAAGGCUCAGGGGAGACUUUGCUGCUCUCUGUAUAACACCCUGAAAGGAGGUGGCAGCAAGGUAGCCUUCUCCCAGGCAACAGCAGUAGCACAAGAGGUGCUGGCAUUCACUUGUGCUAGUGGAAGUUUGGGUUGGAUAUUAGGAAAAAAUAUAUUCUGAGAGAGAGUUGUGAGGCACUGGCACGGGCUGCCCAGGGAG